GGCUGAACGAUGUACAAAUGUCCCGCCUCCGCUAGUGAGUGAGCAACUGCAUCUAGGCGUUUUCUGGGAUCUGCGUUUUGUCACUAUGGUCAUGGCGGAGGGAACUACAGUGCUGAGAAGAAACAGGCCGGGUACCAAGAGCCAGGAUUUCUACAACUGGCCAGAUGAAUCUUUUGAGGAAAUGGACAGUACACUGGCUGUUCAACAGUAUAUUCAGCAGAAUAUAAGAACCGAUUGUUCCAACACUGAUAAAAUUUUAGAACCUCCUGAAGGUCAGGAUGAAGGUGUUUGGAAGUAUGAACAUCUUCGGCAAUUUUGUCUGGAACUGAAUGGACUUGCGGUUAAGCUUCAGGUUGAAUGUCACCCUGACACUUGCACUCAGAUGACUGCUACAGAACAAUGGAUAUUUCUUUGUGCAGCUCAUAAAACCCCAAAGGAGUGUCCUGCUAUAGAUUACACAAGACACACACUGGAUGGUGCUGCUUGUCUUUUGAAUAGCAAUAAAUAUUUUCCUAGCAGGGUUAGCAUAAAGGAGUCUUCCGUGGCUAAAUUAGGAUCAGUGUGCCGUAGAAUAUAUAGGAUAUUUUCACAUGCCUAUUUCCAUCAUCGCCAAAUAUUUGAUGAAUAUGAGAACAAAACUUUCUUGUGUCAUCGGUUCACUAAAUUUGUUAUGAAGUAUAACUUGAUGUCCAAGGAUAAUCUAAUUGUUCCAAUCUUGGAAGAAGAAGUUCAAAGACUGGUUGCUGGAGAAAGUGAAGCAUAAUGUUCUCUGUGCUAUGUAUUAAGCUGAAUUGAUUAUAUCUUUUCUAUUAAAACAGUGUAAAUGAAAAGCUUUUCUGUAAGUUCUGCUUCAAAUUACUUAUGAAAACUUGAUUGUAUUUUACACCUUUAGCAUGUUUGUCUAUAAUUGAUCCUUUUAUUUAAUAUUGUGUUUGUAUAUUGUGCACAACCAUUUUUAUCUGCAAAUCUCUUUUAGAAUAUUCACAAAGUAGAACAAUUUCUUUUUCCUACAUAGCCAGAUUAUUGUGGAUUGUCACCUAAAUAAUAAUCCUGCAGCUAGACCUUAGUGUAAGGUGAAGGAAUCACGCAGAUUAUAUUAUUAUACUGAUCAAGUAGGUUCUUAAUGAUUGGAUAUUUAUCUGCAUUGCUGUUAUGUUUUUAGGCGAUAGCCGUUGGAAUCUAAAUUCCAUGAAGUAGAUUUGUAUUGAAAUUAUAUGGUUGUAUGACAAUUGUGCAUUAUAAGCAACGCAAUAUAAUUUUAGUCUUUGUACCAUUUUAUGAAAAUAAGUUGUUAAAAACUGUUCUAGUGCAUUAAAGUAUACUGUUUCAUGGAAAA